AUGCUCUCACUCGUGAAAUACCUCCUUCUCCUCGUUCUUCCAGUUUCUUAUCUCCUUCGCCGGCGCUUCCCUUCGCUGUCGUUCAAACUGUCGAGUUCCACUCCAGUACAAAUUCCAGCGGAAGAAAAUCCUGAGAAACCGCUCAAGACCAUCAUGCAGGCCCCUCGCGAUGACUUGGCACCCCCCAAAGAUGAUCCAUUUACGACGGAAGAGCUGAAGCAGUACGACGGUUCAGAUCCUACUAAGCCUAUAUAUGUCGCUAUAAAAGGAACUGUUUUUGAUGUUUCGAGCAAGAAGGAUGUGUACGGUCCGGGCAGGUCAUACAGUGUUUUCUCCGGAAAAGAUGGCUCUCGUGGUCUCGGAAUGUCAAGUCUGAAGCCAGAGGACGCUGUGGCUGACUACAGCACCCUCGACGCUAAAGAUAUGAAGGUGUUAGAUGAUUGGCACGCAUUCUUCUCGAAACGAUACAAUAUUGUUGGAAGGGUUACAGAUGGACCAGUCAUUGAAAGCCAAUAG